AUGAAUAAUCGACGAGUGUUUUAUGAUGAGUCCAUUUGGGAACGGUUUGAGAACAGGAUAAAAACAUGGACUUAUGGACUCACCCACGAAUUGCUGCAGAAUUAGGUUUGCAGUCCAUUCUUGUUCAAGUUCCUAAUAUUGAUUGAGCUCAUCUAACUUGUAUUUUUUGAAUUGACAAAUUAUCUAGCUGUAUUAUUCGAUACAUCCCAACUUAGAUUUUCUAUUCAAAACGGUGUGGUUGGAGUACUUCCGUAAUGCGUUGCAAUACUUUUAAGUGAAUUAUAUCAUAUUCAACGGUGGAGUGAAUGUGCUGUUAAUAGUAAUGUACAUUGUAAGUUUGAUUUGUGUAUUAUUUAUAGUCCUUCGGAGUUCAGAUCCUCAUGUUGUUCCUGUUGGUCAUAAUUACAUUCAAAUUGACAUCAAAUAAGAGGAAGCCAAGCACCUUUCUUACAUACUGUCUAAAAAUAUUUUCGUUGUAUGGCUUACUUUUGAAUACCAUUUUGACAAUCCCCAUAUUCAAUUCCUUCAUCGCCACCAUUUAUUGCAACUCAGACGCUCCAUUUUCAGAUGGUUUAGAAUGUUACGCUGGUCUACACUUUUUGCACAUAUCAUUGGCUGUACAACAAUAACUCAUAUUAGAUAAUCGGUUUAAUCUUAUUCCUAAUCAAUGUGCUCUAUUUUGGGUUGCUUUAUGCUGAACUCAAUCCAAGUUCCCCAAUCCCCUUUGCAUCUCCCUAGUCCAAAAAUCCAUUGGUUAGAUAGUUGAUUAAAAUCAUACUUCCUCUCUACGUGACUCUGGAUUUCAAUGGAGAAAUCGCAGAAGUCUACAUAUCUCUUUUGGCAGCAUUUUAUUUACUCCUCCUGGUCCAAAGAUAUCGAUCUCCACCCUACUACAACAAGAGUGUCUACGGAUUCAUCGUGGUGCAGGAAGUAUUACUCUUCUGGGCAAGUUUGGUUGGUGUCAUAACUGCAUUUCUGGAUUUGGGAGCCGUUGAUGACAUUGGAUUGUUUUACAUGAUUUUGGGAAUGCCAUUGAUUUCCUUAGUCUACUUCUAAUUGUUGACCUUUCGACAAUAGCAACUUUUAAAAACUCCCAUCAAAUCAUUCAAAAAAGAGACAGAUAUCGAAAUAUACAUAAAUCACCUUAUGGAUUUAAUUGAAAAUCGUGAGAUUCUUCAAUCCAGAAUUGUUUUGGAAGGUGUAUUAAAGUUGCAUCUAAAAAAUUGUGGAAAACCCAGCGAAAAUUGUGUUUGUCAGCAAUUGGUAGCAGACAACUUGAAGGAUGAGGAAACACCCCAAAAAUUGAAGAGAUGGUAUCAACUAAUAAAGAGUAUUAUCUCUGAUGCUCUGGAUAGGUAUCCAAAGUGUCCAAGAUUGCAUUUGUUGAAUUCAUACAUACAUCAUGAGAAAUUGAAGAAUAAAUUCAAAGCCUUAUUUGAAUUGAUGAUAACUGAAGAAAACAAACCGAAUUUACAGGAAGAAUUUAGUAUUUAUAGAUAUAAGAAUCUGAUUGAAGAGGAAAUGAUCGAAAAUGAUAUGCGAACUUCUGAAAAUAAAGGAGUAGACGUCAAUAUCAUUGUAGUAUUCUAAAAUAAAUUUGUCAAUUUCCUCGGUAGUAUAGAAAAAAGUGUUACUUUACAUAUGGAAUUUUGGAGAGAACUAUUAGAAGAAAACCCAGAUAUUUAGAAAUUAUAAUCCCUUGGAUCCAAAAUUACAAAUACUGUUGAAUCUACAAGUGAUUUCUACAAAAAACUGUAAGAGAUGAACCAGAAUCAUAUCAAAUGUUUGUAAGUAUAUGGCAACUUUUUGAAAGAUAUUGUCAAUGAUGAUGUGGAAGGUUAAAGAAUCCUAGAAAAGGCUGAAUAUAUACAAAAGAGCACUGCUGUCAACAAAUUGGGAUUAGAUUAAGAAAGAUAGAAGUAUGGUGAAAAUGCCAAUACUUGUAUCAUCACUUGUUCAGGCAAUUAUAAUAAUAUAGGUGUGGUUACCAAUGUCAACAAUGAAAUCACUAGAAUCCUAGGGUUCUCUAAGUCAGACAUAAUUGGAUAGAAUGUAAAUAGAAUCAUGCCAAAAGUAUAUGCAGAUCAACAUGAUCAAUUCAUGAAGAACUAUCUAGAAACUAGUGAUUCCAAAGUGAUCGGAUAGGAGAGAAUAUUGCUAGCUUAGAAUAAGAACAAUUAUUUGGUGCCAUGCACACUCAUGAUUAAGGUUUUGCCUAAUUUGGAUGAAGGAAUUUAGAUAGUGGGAUUCUUGAAAGACAUAGAACCUGGAAGUUCAUAUUUGAGAAGUGAAUAAGAAAUUGAUUAGGAGUGGCAUUUCAUUAUCAUCAACGUUAAUAGUCAAGCCAUCUUGGGAAUUACUUAAUCCUGUUAUACAAGAUAUGGUAUUCCAGCCUCUUUGGUCUAUGGUAAUUCAACAAAUACUAAUGAAUUUACUAUUGAUGCCAUUGCUCCAGAAUUAGUGGAUAUUAAAAACUAGGAUGAUCUCAAAUCUCAAGGUUUGGUUACCACUAUUGACACUUCUUAACUCCAAUAAAACUUCCUUUUGGGACGAGGAGAAAGUGAUGACGAGAUGUCAAUGGAAGAGGAAGAAAAUAUUUAUGAACCUCCAUAAUAAGUGUCAUAGAUGUAAUCUAAGAUUGGAGAUUCCAAUUUAGGUUAAAUGCUCAAUUAGAAUCAUCAAUAUAAAGAGACUGCUGUGGAUUUAUCGCAAUAAUAAGUUUAGAAUUCAAAAAUAGAGGAGGCCAAGAGUAAGAAGUUGCAGAAGUAGCAAAGAUAUAAAAAAUAUAAGAUUAAAGCUUUUGUUUAAGAUGAGACUGAAUUUGGUGAUUAAAAAAUCUAAAUCAUCAGAUUCUACGAAGUCGAUGAGAACGAGGAAAUUAAAUAAUAAAGAUCAAUGGAACCAGCAGCUGAAGAAGCACAAUAGAAUUAAAUGAAAACUGUUCUGAAAGAUGAAUAAUAAGUGUAAGAAGAUGUGAAUGCAUCUGAAGGAGAAUCCAAUUUAUCAGGCGGAUCAGUAAAUGACGAUAUGAGAUAAUUGAAAGACUUCAAAGCAUUAAUUUCAGAAAAAACAGAACCAAAAUAUAUUCGUAUUCUAAAACGUACUGUCUGGUUUAUUAUGCUCAUACUGAUUGUUCUAAGUGCGCUAAUAUUGGGAUACAGAAUGACUCAAAGUUCAGAUGUCUAAGAAGGUGCUGAUGCCAUAUAUUUAUCCUAUAUGAGACAUAAUAUAAUGGCUGACGUCAACUUUUACACUCGGUUACUGUAGAUGUUGGGCAACAGCACUUACUUAGCUGAUAAACAUGGUUACACUACAGCAAAUGCAGAUACAUUUAUUAAGGCCAAUGUAAUAAUAUUGUAAUAUCGAUUAGCUGUCCUAUUUGGUGGAUACUUUAAAGGUAGUGCAAUUUGAUGUGAUUAAGGCCAGAAUCAAAAUGGAGGCUAGAAUGACUGGAUCAACAAAUUUGGAAACCUAUUAAGUGAAGUUUUUGUUGACUUCUGGAGAAGAGAAAAUGUACUUUGUUAUUAAAUAUUAAUAGUUAUGACAACAUUUUUAAUGAUGCAUUAUUUUAAAUUAUUACUUCGGCUUCGUCCUUAAGAAAUUCGUCUGCAGCAUCAUUUAAUGGUUCUGUAACAACCGUCGACAAUACACAAAAGAACUUUUUUUAUGUGAUGACCAAUGGCUUAUUUGUUUUGAGAAAGGGAUCAGAGGAUAUUGCAUAGAGAUUCUUCGAUUUUUAUUCGGAUGAAAUAAACAACUACUAGGUAACCUUCUUUGUUAUUAUGGGUGUUGGCAUAUUCUGUUUGGUUGUAUCUGCAAUGAUCCUCAUCCCUAUUGUGUUUUAAGUGCAUAAAACAAAUAAUAUGGUUAUGUCACUAUUUGGUAUCAUCCCAAUACAGGAAAUAAAGGAGUUGGCUGCUAAAUGCGAAAAUUACAUGCAGGAAUUCUUGGAGGACAAGAAUGAGAAGAAGGAAAUUGUGGAUAAGGAGGAUAAACCACCUUAGCCCAAUGUUCAACCUCCUGAAGUGGAAAAGACUUAGAACAAAGAAGUUUUUGAAAUGAAUAAUGAGGAAGAAGAUAAAAGUGAUAAAAAGAAGAACUAAUAAUAAAGUGGAUCGAAUGGAAGUGGAUAAAAUGUAUUGCAGACUGGACAACCUAAUUCAAAUGCCAUUCAUACAUCCAUUACUGCAAAACCAUCUGAAAAUAAAGCCACUCCAUCUGCCUUUACUUAAGGAGCUACCAAAAACGAUUAAAAAUAACAAUAGCAAUAGGAGCAGGAUAAGAAAGAAAACGAAGAAGAAAUAGAAAAUCUUCGUUCCUAAAAGUUGCUAAACUCAAAGGAUAACAACAAAUCAGUGGUCAUUGUUCAAUUCCUAAUCUUUGCUCUUAUCUUUAUAGCAUAUUUCAUAUUGGAUAUCAAUUUAGAAUUGAUCUUUCUGGAUAAUGUGCAAAAGGUCUAUGAUCAUCUUCAAUAUUCAUCCAAAAGACCCAUUUCCAUUAAAUAUAAUGUUUACUUCACAUUCGAAGAAGUUGUCACAAACAAAACUCAAUUAGAAGAUACUUUAGACAUGAGAACUGAGUUUCAAAGUAGAUUGUAUGAUAAUGAGAGAAAUCUGUUCCAAUCUUUGACUUAGUCAUUCCCUUCUUAAUAUGAUUCCUACUUGUCCAAAUUUUAAGCCUUCACCUAUAACAAUCUAUGCGUCAAUGACUUUAGUAUAAGUAAACAUUUACAUCUUAUAAUUCAGACAAUUUUGUUACUGAUUAAUCUGGAUGUGCGGCUGUUGACUCAGGCUUGCUUACAAGUGGGUUGAAGACAGCCUUUGUCUCGGUGGCUUUGAGUACAAAUGACAUGAUCAGUUACUGGAAGAAUACACAGAGAACCAGAACAGGUAUGAAUAUCAAUGGGAAUAAUUAGACUUAAUUUCCACAAUCAACAAUUAGACUUACCAUGAUAAGUUGCAUAGGCUGUUGUACUAUAUUUCACCUGCAUGUGAUUACUUAACAGAUCAAUUCAUGUCAGGCAUUGCAGACUUCUUGUCUUACAGUGAUUCUAUUGAGCAAAUGAAAUUCAGUGUCUACUUGGUCUUGAUGUUUGCUGCGUUCAUAUUCUGUUGGACUCCUUACUUGAAUAAUCUAUCAAAGUAGAUUUGGAGAACUAAAGGAAUGUUGAAUAUGAUACCUAUGGACAUUAUACAAAAAUACCCUAAUUUGAAGUAGUAAUUUAUUGGAGGAGAGAUAUUAUAGGCGGUGAAAUGA